CCCCGCCCCGGCCAAUCAGGCGAGGCGAGCCUCCCCUCAGCGGGGUCACGCGGGCACGGACCACGUCCUUCCGUUCGGGCUGCCUGCGGGCUCGGGGAGCCCGCGCGGGAGCGCUGAGGGCGCCGGUCCCGCCCCGGCCAUGCUGGUGAGCAAGAGGGUGAAGCGGCUCUUGCAGCUGGUGCCCGGGAAGCGGCGCUUCGGCGUGUACAGGUUCCUGCCCUUCUUCUUCCUCCUCGGGGGAGCGAUGGAGUGGUUCAUGAUUAACGUCCGCAUCGGCAAGGAGACCUUUUAUGACGUUUACCGUAGGAAACGAUCUGAAAGACAGUACGAGGCAAGGAUGGAAAAAAACGAAUUCUAGUUGAAAGGUUUCAAGGGGAAGGUCCUGAAUGCUUCAACUGUACUAAUACCAAAGAAGCAUUACUGCCACAUUGAUGGUAGGGGAAGAUCUUGUCUGCAAGAUGAACUGUAAUUGUGAAAUACGCUCUCAGAUGGUUGUGGCAGUUUGUUCUUCCUCCAUCUACUUCGUAUCUUUAAUAUUUUGUAUUUAAGCCAAAUACAGUAGCGAAAAGUUCAUUGUACGUAGGCCUCUGCCACUUAUUUCAUGUUUGUUUAGUACUUUUAAAUAAACUAAACUGAGUAAACAGA